UUUCAGUUUUACGAUUUCUCAGAAAAUGUCUUGCAAACCAUUCUUGUUAAUUCAUACAUUCAAGGAUAUUUCGAAACUCGGAGAAGGAGAGAGUUACUUUAGUGAUAAGGAAGAACGAUAUAAUAUUCCUUGGAGACUCCAAAUAUUUCGAAAAGGAGGUUUCCUUGGAUUGAACUUGAAAUGUGAAAAGAAGGAAUGCUUUGGAGAGAGAAAAUGGUCGUUUCAAACAAAAUUCACUAUGAAGCUAGUAGCUGUCAGUGGGAAAUUCUUCCAACGGGCUGUGCAACAUGAAUUCCAACAGCCGAAAGGACAUGGAAUGGAUAAAUUCAUUAGUUGGGAGAAUAUGCUAAGGGAUUAUGUGAAUAAUGAUAGUAUUAUAAUUGAAAUUCACGCCGAUAUGGUUAGCAGUACAGAUCUUCCAAAUUCGCAACCAGAUUCCAAUAAUUCAUUUGUUCUGAAACAUACUUUUAAGAAAAUUUCGAGAUUUAUAGAGGGUGAAAGAGAUUGUAGUGAUGCAGAAGAGCAUUUUACCAAGGAUAUUUUUGGAGCUUGUCAGACACGUCGGGAAAGAUACAAUUUUAUUAGGUGGAACGAUAUGGAGAAAGAUUAUGUGACCAAUGACAGUAUCGAUGUGGAAAUUCGUGUGAAAAUAAUCAAUAUCACAGAUGCACCAUGCAAUAUUGCAAACACGGAAAAAACGUUUGUACUAUCCCAUACUGUCAAGAACAUGUCAAGUAUUAAAGAAGGAGGGAACUACUUUACAAACAUUCAAACUCGCUUCAAUAUUCCAUGGAAAUUGCAAAUUCGAAAGCAAAAAGGGUUUUUUGGAUUAUAUCUUCUAUGCGAGAAACAACUAUGUGAAUCCAGAAAAUGGUCAAUUGAAACUGAAUCUCAACUGAAAAUAGUGUCACCCAAUGGGAGAAGUUUACUGUUUGGAGGAACAGAUAUGUUUGAAAAACCAUUCGGCUACGGAUGGACUAAGCUCAUGAGAUGGGACAAUUUGGAAGAAAAAUACAUAGUCGACGAUGCUCUUGUUAUUGAAGCUCACGUAAAAAUUCUAAAUAUGAUUGGAAUUGAGGAUGAAACCCCUGUUGAGAAACCUACUGGAAUUGUGAUUCCAGUGGGAGAUCAGGAGUAUUCAAUGGAAAAAUGGCUCGAAAUGGCUUUCGAUCAUUAAUUAUGUAAUUUAUGUUUAUUGUUUGUUUGUGUUAUACCAAAAUAAACUUAUUUUUU